GCCCUGCUGCGUGGAGCGGCGGGGGCGACCGCGGAAAGGGGAACGGCGCUGGGAAGUGCCAUGAGAGGAGGAGGCGUAGCCCGUGCGCUGGGGCUGGGAGGAGGAGGCGGGGUGAAGACGGGCUCGCAUCCGCUGGUGGUCCCUGGCGGCCUCGUCGAUCGAGGGGUGGCGGGAGGAAGAGUGGAGGGGGUGGACGCACAAGCGGCGCGGGGCAUCCCAGAGGGGGGAGAGCCAGGUGGCGCUGCGGUCGUGCGAAGGGGAGGGAGAAGCGGGGCACUUGGAAAAGCUGAGAUCAUGGUAGCAGGUUGUUGUACCGUGGCCGUAGUGACCGGGAUCUGGGCAGCGGUUGUCGUCGAAGAGUACGCAGGUCUACGCUUGCGCACAACCGGAGACGACAUCGACUUCUCACCAUCGUCGCGGGCACACGACCGUCGUCAGUGCGUGGUGUUCAAGGUUGUCUGCAGAGGCGGCGCUGUGUUCUUCCACGUGGCGGCGUUUGUGCAGUCGUGUGUAGUUAUUGACGUGAUGUCCUUGGAAGCGGCGUCGAGGAUGGAUAUUGACGGCGAGGUCGGGCGUGACGGUCUGUCGACGGCAGAGAGGACGGCUGUCGCUGCGACGGUCUGCUACGCGAUGGGGUGCGGCGCGUUUCCACGGGCGACUCCAAGGUGGUGGAUGAAGCGGCGGACAGGAGGUACGUGGGAGGAUCUGCGGCAAUGUGAUGACAUGACAGAUGAGUACUUCAAGGACAAGCUUCGAAUGUUGCCGUGUGUUUUCUGCGAGAUCGCGGAGACUCUUUCCCCACUCCUGCAACGCCGUGUGACGUUGUACAGGGUGCCCUUGCAGCCGGACCACAUCAUCGCCUACGCUCUGUAUAGGUGGGUGAUGGGGGAGACAUACGACAGCGGGACGUGUAGCUUUGGCAUUGGCAGGUCUUCCAGCGUCACGACGGUGCGGGACGUCACUGCGGCAUUGCUUACUGCGUACCCCGAUAAGAUAUCCUGGCCCACAGGUUUGCAGAAGACGGUCGUCUUGCGCGGGUUCGCAGGCAAGGGUUUUCGAAACUGCCAUGGGUGCAUCGACUGCACCCACAUCUACAUCGACAAGCCCGCCAAUGCCAACGGGGAGGACUACUACGACAGGAAACGUCGAUUCUCCGUGCAGGCGCAGGUGGUCGUCGACAUGAACUUGCGUGUGCUGGACGUCUUCGUCGGUUAGCCGGGCAGUGUGCAUGACAUGAGGAUGCUGAACCUGUCCAGUUUGUGGGCGCGCACGGAGGAAGGACAACUUUUCACUGGGCGGCCUGUGAUGCUGCCUUUCGGUGUGCGGACUAAUGGCUACUUGCUCGGCGAUGAUGGUUAUCCCCAGUCGGAAUGGAUAGUCGUCCCUUACGGCGGUCUCGUGCAGCACCCGUCGGAGGCACGGUUCGACAACAAACAAAAGACGGCUAG